AGCAGUGUGCCAUUUAAAUAAUUUAGAACGUCGAAGAAGAGAUGGAGGCAGAAGCGUCAUUACUUGCGACAGUAACAUGCGGCAAAAUGGACUAAUUUCUUUGAUUUUUACAUUCAUAUUCUGACCAAAUAGACUCACUUAUUCGUCAUUUUAGUUAAAAUAUGGACAAUGAAAGAGUAUAAAACUUAACAGGGAGCCGUCGUGAUGGCGUCAGAAGAGGAAAUCAGUUUACUGGUCAUCGUCGUGGACGUUAACCCGAUUUGGUGGGGCCAGCAAGCCCAACGCGAGCCGCAGUUCACACUGUCCAACUGUAUGGACGCUGUCAUGGUGAUGGCUAACGCUCACGUGGCCAUGAGCCGGAUUAACAAAUUGGCCGUCAUUGCCAGCCACUGUAAAGACAGUCACUUCCUGUAUCCCAGUCAGAGUCAGCCAGGCGGCGACAGCACCGUGGACGACGCGUGCUCCAGCGGCGAGGGCAAGUACGAACUGCUGUCCGUCGCCAACGGCGUCAUCGCUGACCAGAUCAGAAACUUAAUGUCCAACAUUGAAGUGACGGGAGGUUCCACAGACACGAUGCUGGCCGGAUCCCUCGCCAAAGCUCUCUGCUAUAUUAACAGAGUCUCAAAGGAACUUGAAGUGGGGCAGGAGGUCAAAUCUCGAAUUUUGGUGAUAAAGGCAGCGGACGACUGCGCCCUACAAUACAUGAACUUCAUGAAUGUGAUCUUUGCCGCUCAGAAGCAGAGCAUCCUGAUAGAUGCAAGCGUGCUGGAAUCGGACUCGGGGCUCCUACAGCAAGCUUGUGAUAUAACGGGAGGCUUGUACCUGAAGAUCCCCCAGAAGGCGGCCCUGGCUCAGUAUCUUCUGUGGGUGUUCCUGCCCGACGGUGAGCAGCGUUCGCAGCUGCUGCUGCCGCCGCCAGCCCAUGUUGAUUACAGGGCGGCGUGCUUCUGCCACCGCAACCUCAUCCAGAUCGGUUACGUCUGCUCCGUCUGCCUGUCCAUAUUCUGCAACUUUAGCCCCAUCUGUACAACCUGCGAGACUGCUUUCAAAAUCCAGCUUCCACAGAUGGUCAAAGGCAAAAAGAAGAAAUUCAAAGCAUCAUGAUUAUUUUUCUUCAACAUCCUAAUUUUUCGUGUGUAAAAGGAUGUUUAACCCUCUCUGAUUUUUCAUCUAUCAAUCUUGUUAACCCAGGGAUUAAUACUUUUGUAGAAACUAAAAUAAAAAGCAUUGUGUCUGAAUUUGAAAA